AUGGCUGACGACGUUCUUAACAAUAUAUCCCACCGCCGCUACAAUCCCUUGACUGGCGCAUGGCUGCUCGUCUCUCCCCACAGGACCAAACGUCCUUGGCAAGGCCAGCAGGAGGUCGCCAUGAAGAACACACUGCCAGAGUAUGACUCAAAGUGCUACCUUUGCCCAGGGAAUACCAGAGCACAGGGGAAUCCCAACCCCAAUUACGACAGCACUUUUGUCUUUGUAAAUGACUACAGCGCGGUGAAGGAGGAACAAGAGGAUUACAAGCCCAGACCUGAGAAUAACAUGCCCGCCGAAGCCAUCGUGCCCAUCGUUCUCUCUUGGUCUCAAAUAUAUGCAAAGCAUGUUUCACCUUCCAGUCCCAUUUCCCAGGCAGCAGACAGCUUUUUAAAGGCCUCCCCAUCGCUCGAGUAUGCCGGCGUGUCCCCUCCACGCACACAGCUUCGAUACAUGCAGAUCUUCGAAAAUAAGGGCAGUGCUAUGGGCUGCUCCAAUCCGCACCCGCAUUGCCAAGUGUGGGCAACGUCUAGUCUGCCCCAAGAACCGGAAAAAGAACUUGUCCAGAUGCGCAAAUACCGUGCUGCAAAUGACGGUCGGCACCUGCUCAGCGAUUACGUCCAGCUAGAGUUGGAGAAAGGUGAACGUGUUGUGUAUACAAACGAUGCUUUUCUCGUCGUCUGCCCUUGGUGGGCCAUAUGGCCAUUCGAAGUCAUGAUCAUUGCCACAAGGCACGUCCGAGCGAUUGUCGAUUUAACUACUGAGGAGCGUCUUUUGUUUGCAGAUGCGAUUCAGGAAGUUGCUAGACGUUACGACAAUCUUUUCGAGACAAGCUUCCCUUAUAGCUCUGGCAUCCACCAAGCCCCGCUUGAAUGUUCUGACGAAGAGGCAGAGAAUAGCUGGUUCCACAUGCAUUUCUAUCCUCCACUUCUUCGAUCCGCCACAGUUCGCAAAUUCCUUGUCGGAUAUGAGUUGAUGGCUGAGCCACAACGGGAUAUCACCCCGGAACAGGCUGCAGCGCGCUUGAGGGAUAGUGGAGGACAGCUUUACCGCCAGGCUCUAUGA